ACCCGUUGGUUUUUGAGUGAUACCGCUGUCGUCCGACGAUUGUGUUCUGUUUCUAAAAUAUUAUAUUUUAUUAUUAUAUAUUUUUUAAGAUUUAAAACCCCAAAGUGUACCGAGUAAAUAAUAAUUUAUAGUGGCCAUCGUCGGAGGAAUAUUGUGUUCGUAAGUUUUUUUUCUCUGUUCGCGAACCUCCCACGGAUAUCGAAUACCUAGUUGAUUUAUUUUUUCAUUUAUUUAGGAUAUACAGCAGACGUUGCUGGUUUGUUUAUUCGUUCGUUUGUCUUGUAUCGUUUCUGGUUAAACGUAAAGCCCCAAGUGAUAUGUGCGUAACGUGACCAAACAAUGAAUAACCGUCCAUCGUAUUACCACAGCCAUUCGUCGUUCUCCAACAAUUCGCUGGCAAUUUGCAAGGAGAUCCAACGAUUUGAGAGCGUACAUCCGUCCAUUUAUGCCAUUUAUGAUCUCAUCGAGCUCAUACCCGACUCAAUAGUUGCUCAACAAGUCAGGGAUCAUGUUGUAUGCAUCGAAGGUUAGUAACGCUUUUUUUACUUUAUGCCAUCAAUCCUCAUAAGUACCUUUGUGUACAGAUUUGACCUAUUCUUUGAUGAUGUGACCAAUAGAUAUAUUUGUUGGUUGGAUAUUUGUGUUCAGCUGAUAAGUUUGAAAAUAAUAUGUUCAUUUGACCCUCUUAAAAGUUUUUUAAGUAAUUUCACUUGAUUGUAUUAUUCUAUUAGUUUUCAAUGCUUAUAAGUUACCACUUUAUAGGAAACUUUGUAUCAAGAACGUUUAGAUAUAUUAUAGAAAAAAAACUACAUUUCUUAGUUAUUUGUUAAAAUAUGUCCAUUAGAAAUAAAAAUAAAAAUUAAAAAUUUUUUAUAUCUAUAGAUUUCAUAGAAACUACAGUUGCUCAUCAAUGAUAAUUAUUUUUUACUUUAUUAAUUAUCAGCUGUUUAAUUACAUUAGUUGCCUUACUAAUAAAUAGUUAAAUAAUUAUUUUUAUAUCUCUGGAAAAUAUAGUUUUAACAAUUACUUAGCAUAUUAUCUUCUUAUUUCAUUUUAUAUGAUUAUUAGCCACUUAAAUUGUCGGAUAACAUUCAACAAAAUUUUUUUAUUAGCUUUCAUUAAUUAGGUAUUACAAUUUAUAUAUAUAUAUAUAUACACCUACAUAUCAUAAAAUAAAUAAUUGGUGACAGUUAAGAAGACAUUAGAUCAAUUAAUUAUAAUUAGUAGUAACAAUUUCUUAUAGAAUAUAGAUCAUAAAUGUCAUAUAAUAAUAAUUUCUGUGUUUUAUUCAUUUAUUGUCAUAUUAUUAUUAUUAUUUUUUUUUAUGGAUCUAUCAAUAUUAUUAAAAUAGUUAUCUGGGUACACCUCUAUUCUAUAGUAAAACCAAUCUAUAAUAGACAUAUUUCAUUGUGAUUAUAAUAGCUAUUUUUUAUUUUACAGAACGUUUAAUAAUUAUGGCGUUUAUAUAAAAUUAUUUUUCAUACCUACCUAUGCAUUGCGAUAAUACCCGAAUGGAAGAUCGGUUUGAUUCAGUUUGAACAUACCGCUUCAAUAAAGAUUUAAAUAUUGGUAACCAAUUCAUUUUUAAAUAUUAAAAAUAGCCAAAUACUUACAUAUAUCUGUACACAUACCUAUACCCGAGUACCUAUCCGAGUAACUACCUGUAUUAGGCACCUACAAUGUAUAUUUUCUAUAAUGUACCUACCUACAUUUAUAUUUCUUAUCAAUAUAUGUUUACAAGAGACAGGUAUUUAUACUUAAUUAAUCGACCUCACAAGUAAAUAAUAGCACUUUCAAAUUAUAUUAUUCAAUUUUUUUUGUACCUAAAAAAUAUGUUUAGAAAAUCUUUGUGUAUUCUAAGUGUACCUAUCUAAAUAGAAACAGUUAGUUAAAUAAUUAAAUCUGUAAUUAACAAAUCAUAACAUAUAACAUGCAAAUAACAAGGGCUGAUCUAAGACAAGAUAAUAUAAGAGGAGGAGAGCAGUGGUAGUUGAGAGGAUCCCCUAAACAAAAUUACUAUUAAGCAAAAAAAAGAAAGAGAUGAUACUACUGAAGUUGAAUGUUGAAGGAAGGAAGUUGAAAAGGUAGUACACAUAAUGCUAUUUAAUUUAUAUCUGUAAGCACCCGGUAAGCACCAGUAAACCAUUGCUAUCUAAUUUUUUGACUGGAGUAAGAUUUCUGGAAGAAAACUUUUUUCAUAGACAGAAAAAAAGUAAUAACAAAAAUAAAAAUACAUCAUAGUACAUAAAUAUAUUCAUCUCUCCGUUUUGUUUUUUUUCCUUGGAAAUGUUUUAUUAUAUAUGCAUUAAACAAUUAGUAAUUAGUGGAAGUAAAAACUUUAGCAUAGUCUACAGUCUGGGCUGGAGGUGAAGGUGAGGCCACUGGGCUCUCCCUUCUAGAUCCGCAUCGUAGCAAUUUUUAAAAUUUAUGUGAGGCAUAAUACAUUUAUGAUGAGCUCAAUGAUGAAUCAAGCCAAGAGUUUAUUGGAGAGUGAACACCCCCCUCCCCUGGAUCCACCGUUGGCACAUAAUAUACUAUAUUAGGCAAGUAGGUACUUAUGUUAAUAAUAUUAUGUUUUAACCCUUGCGGAAUAUUUUCUGUAAUGGUUGCUAUGGACUUGAAAGAAAACCGCGGAUAAAAAUACAAUAAUUUUACUUCCGCUUUAAGUAUAAUAAUAUGUACCGCGACCAAUUGACCUAAUUUUUUUUUGCAUUUUCAAUGUCUUUCCCCGCCAUCAUUUGGUAUAGAGUCAUCGGGUAACCGGUUAGUGUAUGGACGUCUAUGUUGUUUGGCUUCUCAAACAAAAUUACGUAUGUGUAAGUAUUGCCCAUAGCAAUCUGGUCGUCGCCGCGUAAGUUCGAAUUUAAACACGUCCCGUGUCCGUGCGGUGAUUUCAAUAUGCCGCCGCCACGCCGGGACCGCGUAGUCAAAUCCGAUGAAGUCACCGGCAUGCUUACAUUUUAAACAAGUCCACACAAUAAUAUUUUCCUCGAUAUUUUCGUUUACUAAUACGAUUAUAAUUUCGAACAUUUCGCUCCGGUGAAUAAUUUUGAUUACGGUCCGUGAUAUUAUUAUGCCAGGUUUUAUUGUAUUUUAGAUCCUGAACGGAACGAGGAAUGUAUUGGUUUUGCCUCGACUUUUAAUUUGUGUUUAUUUCUUGUCUGUAAAGAACUUUUCUACCAGAAAUCUUACUACGAUUAAAGAUUGUAAGGGAUUCUUUUGUAGCGUUUUUAAUUUAAUCGUUAUUGAAUUUAGGAGGUCACUUUUUUUAUUUCCCUAUAGUAGUUUUCUAGUAUAAUAAACGAGAAAACGGUUGUAAUUUUUUUUUAUCGAUUUCUGGAUUACUUUGGCAACAACGGGUAGAAUACUCUGCUCAGAACCGUUUUUCGUUAGUUAUGGUUUAUCGUUGCGUACAGAUUUAUAACUCUGUAUACCAUCCUUUCCGACUUCCCUAUUAAAACAGUUGCCCGCCCGUUAGCAGGUCGGCCAUUUUUCGUUAUUGCUACCGAAUUCUUUUCAUUGCAGAAUUUUAGCGAAAAAUCACUUAAUCAUCAACAGGUAAUUGGUACAUGUCACAUGUUUAUUUAUUUUACAAUUUAUACGCCACACUGUGGUUGCAAAGGGAUCGAAUUAUAAACCCGUGUAAAUAAUGUCGUACUAUCCAAUUGAUGAAAAUACAACUUUAGUCCUAAUCGAUUCAGCGGUAAUGUUUCUCAUGCACUACAUAAAGGGCCGAUAUAUAAUAAUGACGUAAUGGUAAUAAAGUUAUAGUGAACUGCACUUUAAUUCACAGCGUAGCCGUGCAGUUGACCAUAUAACAUUUUGUUUCGUUUGACUUACGUUAUUUUCAGUAAAUUAAAGCGACGAAGGAUAUUUUGCAAUCCGAGUGUUUUAUCAAAAUUGAAUUAUCGUAUUUCAGCAAUUUAAAAUUUCCGAUAAGAGUAAACAACUAAAAUGAUAGAUAUAAAUUUGUAUUUACCUGAUUUAAAAUUAAAAAAAUGUAUUCUGAUUUCGACGGUCGCUAUUAUAUAUAUAUUGUAUUAUUAUUAUCAGUGUGAAAUCGGCGCUGCAGUUUAGUGAUUAAAAAAAAAAACACUAGUUAAAACUUAAAAUAAACCAAAUUUCCGGAGUAAAUUUCCAAAUAAAUAAAUAUGAACAUGUAAAUACCUAUUAAUAACCGAAAAAAAUGAUUUUCAACUUAUGCAGUUAAGUGUUUGCGUAUGUUUUUGGAUUGCAUCCAUUGAUAAUUGGCAAACUAUAGCGAUCGUACGCUGCGAAACGCAACUAAUUCCUAUAUAAUAAAUAUAGGUACCGUUUUAAAUUUAGAAUAUUAAUCGUAUUUUUGAUUGGCUUUUGAUAAUAUUUUUAUUAUUAUUUUCAAAUUAUUGUACCUACACAACUUAUUUUUAAAAAACAACGGAACAAAAAAUACUUCAAAUUCGUCGAUGACGUAUAAACCAAAAUUAAGUAAAAUAAAGUAUAUAAGCUUAUUUGUAAAAAAACAAAUUGUUAUCGUUAUUAAUUAGGUACCUAUACCAUUUUUUUUUCAUCUUUCAUAAAUUAAUAAUAAAUAAUAAUGCAGUAUUUAUAUUAAAUUUUUAUUAAUUCAAAAAUAUGUAUUGGUUUUUAUUGCUUUUACAGUAAUGUGUGUUUUAUUUUUCAAUCUAAAUAUAUUUUCGGGCCGUAUAGUUAUCAAAAUGUGUUUGACCUAUUAAAAUGGUGUUGAAAUUAAACGGUUUUAAUUUAAUUUUUAUAUUAUACAGGUUAAAUAAUAGCUAUAUAACAUGAAAUCACAAAAGAAAUCGAAUACAGUAAUAAUUAUUUUUUUUUGGUUUUGUGUUGCAAUGUUCGGAAAGUAUAAUAAUACAAUCCUAUACGAUAAUGUAUUAAUUGUGUAGGCAUUUAUCAAAUAUCUAUAGGUAAUAUAAUAUAUUUAUGUUUUCUAAAAUACGUAAAAAAAAACAUUCUAAACGGUGAUAAAAUUAUUAUUGGUUGGUAAGUUCACAAUUUCACAAAACAAAUGUAUACAGUUGCACUCAUGUCGGGUUGCUUAGUUCUGUUAACUGUUAGUUUUAACAGAUAACGGUUACUGUCAAGCUAUAAUGUUAUUGAUCAGAUAAUUUGAAAGAAUUAUUGUAUUAAUUGAAUAUCCAUGGUUACAACCAUACAAGUUAUCAAGCUUGGUUAUUAGUUUAUUCGUUAUAACAAAAUUAAUAUUGAACGAUAAGGUGUAUCGUGUGCAUUAACAUAUCUGAAAUCAGUUCAAUAACCUAUUGAUUCAACAACUUUGUGUUUAAUAACAUUUUUUCAUUUUACAGUACAGUUACUAAUUUUACUGAACCGAUGACAGUCAGUUAUCGGUUCUGUAACGUAUCAUUCAAUCGCCGGCAUCAAAAUAAUAAUAAUCGUGAUAACAUAUUGUAAUUUACUAUUAUUUACAAGUAUAUUGGUUUAUAUAAUACAUCUUUUACUACUAUAGUCUUAUGACUCGAAAAUUGGAUCAAAAAUUAAUAUUAUUAUUGAUAUCAAUGUUAAGUUAAGUGAUUUUUGAGGAUUUAAAUCCUUACAAAUAUUGGUUUUUUUUAAAAUUUAAAUUUAAAUAUCCUUGAUACAAAUAAAUAAAAAUAAAAAAAGAGUUGAAUAGGAUGUAAGUACAGUAACCCGUCCAAUUUGAUACGAUCUUGUAUACCGUCUGUUAGUUUAGUGUAUUAUUAUACUAUUGGACGUUUGAAAGUGCAAAGGUUUUAUGAUCACGUUAGGUUCGAUCAAUUAUUCCUAAAGUGAGUUCGGUUUUCCAUUGAGUUUUUUUAGGUUUUACUAUACUCUUAUCAUUGUCAACUUAAACAUGUUCGAAUAUAGAAAGGUUAGGCGUGUGUUCGAGAUUAUAUAUUAGGCUGUCAUCGAAUGAUAGAUAAUCGGUUAUAUAUUGAUAUAAGUAUGUGCAUUUAUGGUUGAAGUUUGGUAGUGUUUAGAUGGAUUAUAUAAUGACUCAAAUCGAAUAAAAAUAACAUACAAGUAUACUUACUUAGGCGAGGUUAUAAACAUUAGCAUUGAAUAUUAUUUGGUUAGCGAAGAAGCUAUAUUGAAGUUUUACUAAAAUAGGGCGUUUUCUCCGGCAGUUUUCCUUAUUAUUUUUAAAACCUGAUAACGGAUACAUAGGUUUUUUUAGAAUUUAAUCUUAAAAUGGUUUUAUUAGAUUCUGAUUAGUUUUACUGAGAUGUGUUGUUGUUGUGUAUAAACAAUUUUUCUACCAGAAUUCUUGUCCCAAUCAAAAACUUUGUAAGAACUUUCUUGUAGCGUUUUUGGUCUAAUUAUUGGUGUAUUGAGGAGGAUUUUUUUUGAUUUUAAUAAUUGGGAAACACUGGUCAAUUGUUCGUAUAAUUUUUGUUGAUUUUUGAGUUACCUUUGCAACAACGGGAAAAAUACUAUUAAUAUGUAAUACUCCGCUUAGAUGAAUCAUUUUUUGUAAUCAAUGGUUUAUCAUUAUGUACAGAUAUGAAUUACAAUAUUUUAUGUAUAUAUGUUUCCUUUUAAUUUUCCUACUAAAACAGUAGCACACCUAUCAGUAGUAUCGACUUUUUUUAUGCAGGUGUCUCACUGAGAUCUGACAAAUGCAAUAACUUUUUUGUGUUUAAUAUUUCAAAGUUUUUCCUUAUUUGUAUAGUUACCAUUACCAUUAUAAUAUUUUGUGUUUUGUAUGUUAUAUUUUAUUAUUGAUUAAAGAACAAAAAAAUAUUGUUUUCAAAAUCAUAGUUGGGUAUUUUAUACAUUUAUUUUGAAACAAAAUGUCUACGUUAAAAAUGUUAACUAAUAAUGAUUUUUUUGAAAAUAAAUUCAAAUUGUUUUCAUUGCUACCACUAAAAUAUAAUGUCAAUCGAUUUAACAAUUUUUUCAAGCAAAGUUUAAUUUUUAUAAUAAACAAUUUUUGUAAACUUUAAAAUAUUAUAAAAACUUAUAGUGAUUCAUCAUUGUUCAUUGGUAUAAUGUUUAAUAAUCUCGGUUAAUCUCUAUAAAAUAUCUUGGAUUUUGUAAAAUUUUUUUUUUAAAACUUUUAUUUCACCAAUAAAUAAAUAAAAUUGAGUAAUUGAACAUAACAAUACAGUUAUUGUUAUUUCAUUCGUCGGAUAUACGUGGUACACUCUGUACAGUCUCUGUUUAGUACCUAUAUGCUACAAUAAUUUGUGUAAAAUAUAAUUAUCUCUAUUCGUAUAAUCCGCGAAACGUGUAUUAUGAUUGACGACAAUAAUUGUAUUAUAAUAUUGUUAUGCUUGGCACUUGAAAUACGUUGCCGUCGUCGUCGAUGAAAAAUAUUAAAUUAAAUUGUAUAGGUUCCUAUUAUAAUAGCGCGUACGGAGUAUUAUAAAUCGAAAAUUACGACUCUAAUCAGUCCUGUCUCAUUAAAAAUUCGUUCUAGCUAUUUGAGCGUUGAUAUGUAACAUAAAAAAAAAAAAAUGAAAUAAAUAAAUAUAUAUAAUAUAUAUAUAUAUAUAUGUGUAUACAAUAUUGUAUGAUAUCGAUGCGUUCGAAACUGCAUUGUGUUUGUUUAAUGAUCAAUAACGCGCUUGUCGUAAUCAUUAUCAUAAUCGUCAUCGUCACCGUGUUAUCAAAUAGAAAUUACCACAUUACGGUGUAGUAAAAAGUAAAACGGCCGUCUCCUCUCGUAUCAUAUCGAACAAUUAUCAUUGUUUCCUGUCCGUAUAUAAUAUUAUUCGUAUGUAAUAAUAAUAUAACGUGUAUGCAUAUGUAUAGUUUCCACACCCAUCGCGUUCGCCCACUCCUCGGAAAUUCGUAUAACGACAUCGAAUUAUUACGACGCGCGCGCGUUUUAUUAUUAAAACACAUUUUCCAUUUAGUAUACGUAUUUUAUAUUAUUUAGCGAAUGAUAUUACUCUAUGACUUACCACAGCUGUAUAAAAUACGUGUAUUAUUUUACUAUACAUAAAUACCGGCGAUCAUCGGAAUGAUACGGCCGUCUCUGUUAUCAUUAUUUACCUACGCGACAAUUUCCUAAUUUUUCAAAACGGUUUUUAUCAAUUCGUGUAAUAAUUAUCGCCCCGUAGUCGUAUCUGUAUGUGUAAUUCUGAUUCCCCAUACCCAUUGACCAAUAGGUAUGUGUAAUUCUGAUUCCCCAUACCCAUUGACCAAUAGGCGUCAUUACGGGGUCGCGAGGCGUUCAGUUACGAUCCCGCCGUUUUUAUCGCGGUCGCAAAUUAAUGGCUACGGCUACUUAAUGAGUGAUUUGUAAAGAAAAGUAUAAUGACACUUGCUAUUUAUAGACAUUUUAAUUUUGCGAGUUUUGUACGUAAUUUUUAAUCGGUAAAUCCUCUGUGGUUAAAUUUUUAGACUUGAUAGAAAUGCUUGAAAAUUUAACAGGAGGUUCAUUAAGAGCCUUACUAUGUGGUCAAAAAAAGAAAAUUUGAGUUUAAUGUAGUAUUUUUUUUUAUAAAGGAAUUUUAAUAUCAAAUUUUGAUGAAAAUAAUUCAGUAAAAAAUUAUGUGGAACAAAUAUAAUUUUUCAAUUUUUUUUUUUUUUUGAACAUAUAUAUAAUCCCUUUAAGAACAAUGGUGAAGUCAGAAUUGAACGGAUUGAUUAAGUUUCGAAAUUAUAGCUUUUUGAAGUUCUAAUAUUAUGUGGAUAUUAUAUGUUAUGUUAAAUAACUUAAUAUUGUCUUCUCUAAAGUAUGUUUAUCGUAGCUAAAUGAUUAUACAUUUUUAUAUUCAUCUUAGAAUUCGCGAGUACAAACCCGUGUUUCAAAAAAAAAUUGUUUGCAUUUUUUUUCUCCCUUUUUACCAAAACAAGGAAAAAAUUAAUGCAUUUUGGGUGUACCUAGAGAUCCAAGCGAUCACUUACUCGGACUUUUUUGAUCCCAAAAUACCCCUCGAUUUGUUAUGCAAACUUUUCUACCAAAAAUCUUGCUCUAUUGUAUCAAGUGUAGCUUAUUUUCUAAAAGAAAGCUUAAUCUCCACGAUAACUUGAGGAAGUCUUUUUUUUUGAUUUUCCCAGGAGUUUUCCCAGCAAAUGUGAAAAACCAGGAAAAAACAUUGGAAAACCGGGAAAAUCAGUACAAUAUUAAAUAAAUAUUAUUAAAGAAAAUAUAUAACGCCUAUUUUAUUAUUUUACCAUCAUACGACAUAUAUAUAUAUAUAUAUUUGACAAAGCAUCACUAUCAACUGAACUGUACCCAGAAUCGUUGUUUUGUUAGGAAUGGGUUAUUGUUGCUUACAGAUAUACAUUAAAUUACCUUUAACAGUGGCUGCCCCCGACCUCAUUAUCCUAGUAUGUGUUUUUUUUUAUAAUACUUAUCACAGUUUUACAACUAUCACAACUAUAAUACUAUCGGCUGCAGUAUUGGAACUUAUAUAAAGUAGAUAACUCAGCCGAACACUUAUGUUGCUAUUAUAUUGUUUUUUAUUUGACGUAUUUCUAUCUAAUAAUAUCAGUGAUCCGCCGGCUGCUGCCUCACUUCGUUAGAACAACAAAUAAAUUAAACAUAUUAUUCAAGACUCUCAUCGCUACAAUGCUAUCCCACGAGUUUAUUUCGAACGACGCCUAUGUAUUAACUGUAUAUUUUUAGAUUCUAAGCGCAACGAGAAAAUGUUCUUAUUGGUUUUACUGUUUUCUGUUUGUUAACAACUUUUCUACUAGAAAUCUUGCUCCAUUAAAAAUUGUUGUUGGAAUUUUCCUAUCGUAAUUUUAGUCUAGUUUUCUUUUUUUUGUUAUUUUUCUUAAUUGAUGAGAUCAAUUGACAAUUUGUUGAAUAAUUUAUGUUGAUUAAGUUACUUCACCAACCUAAGAAAAAUACGUUGCUCUGCUCAGAAUCGUUUUUCGUUACGUACAGAUAUAAAUUAAAUUACAUCAUAAUAUGCCUUUCUUUUCGACUUCCCUUUUAAAUAAUGCUACAACCAUCAAUCAUUUUUUAAUUAAUUAAUUUUUUUAAAUUUUAAACCAUAAAGUACCAACCUUUUAAAUAAAUAGUUUCGCUUACCCGUUUAAAUAUUUUGAUAUAAAGAACAAAUUAAUUUUUUAAUUAGAAAAAGUGAGGUACAGAGAGAUUGCAUUGAGCUAGUUUCUAUUUUUGCUUAAUUUUGCGCCGAAUGUAUUAUUAUUACUAUUAUAGGUACCUACUUAUGUAUUACUGUUUUCGUUGUAGAAAGUCGCAAUUAACACAUUUGUAAAAUGAUUUUUAAUAGAGCUCAACAUUUAAAUGUAAUGUAGUCAUUUGUAAUUUAAAUUCGUUUUCGUUUAACAGUUUUACUUUUACACCGCAUAGCCCGAAAAGACCAAUCGUUAUUACGUACCCAUAAUACAUGUUAUAUGUUGUCCAAGUUCAAUUAUCUAUUUAUCUAUUGAGUUUCUACGCGAAACUCUUCGAGUGUAAUAUAACGUUUGAAUUGACCUAAGAUGAUAUUUUCGAAAAAAAAAUUAUAAUAUUAUAUACACUGCGUUAUUGACCCUGUUAUUGAUAGUCGACUCAUUCCAAUAUAUAAUAUAAAACAAGUUUAAGACGUAUACGACCCAGACAAAAUAUGAAAAUUAAACCAGUUUAAAAAUAAAAUUUGAUGUUAAUACAAACGGAUUUUCGGACUUAUCCAAAUCCAACAAUCGCCAAUAACGAUAAUUAUUUGUUGAAAAUGCAUUUCGAAUACGCAUUGUACCUAUAUGGUUAUAAAAAAUAUAUAUUUAAUAACGCGCGAUGUGUUACAAACUUUAAAUAUUUGUACAAUCAUUGUCGAAUUAAUAAUACUUUCUAUACGAGUAUGUAUGUAAUAAAUUGUUUCGGUGUAUUAUAUUUUCUAUAUAGGUAUCUGUACCUAUUAAUUUAGUUUCAUCCAUGUCAUAUUUGCACGUAUAUACCUAUAGGCAACUUAUUCGUAUGUUGGUUUUUUAUUUUAAACACAAUAUUGUCAGUUCGUUGGAAUGUUUUGAAAUAUUUCGUUUCGAAAAAUAUGCAAUUUUUUUUUUUUUUUUUUUUGUAAAAUCGUCGUAUUUUAUAAUAAUAAUAAGCCUGCAAUCUAGGCCGUUUGAAUUAAAUAUGUAUAAUACAAUAUUACUGUAAUACAUCUAUUUUGGUAUUAUAUACACUACUGUAGUGCGAGUAUAGAUUGGUGUGAUUCAAUGUAGAAUAAUUGAUAUAAUUGAAACAGUCUAAUAUAUAUAUAUAGUUAUAGUAAUUAUAUAUAUAUAUACAGGGUGAUCAACAUAACGUAAGAUAUUCAUUAUCUCGGAGAGUGUUAACUCUUUUCAUGAUUUGUAUUUUUAUACAAUUAAAGAAACUAGCGGUUUUAAAAUUGUACAAUAUCGUUAUUUUUUGUCAUUGUUAUUUUUGGUACGGUGAAAUCGCUGCCCACUUUUGAUCUUCAAAUAACAAUACUUAUAUUACAAAUUCUAUAAAUAGACGCAGUUUGAGUUUAAUAGUAACAUUCUACAGUUGCUUGUUGUUUCUUAAAAUUUACACAAAAAAAAAAAAAAAAACAAUUUCGAAAAACUGAACACUUUCGAGAUUAAGAGCGUUUUACGUUAUGUCGAUCGCUCUGUAUGAUAUAUAUGUAUAAUUUUGUUUUUUAAUUUUUUACAUUACUACUUAACAAUUUACUGUUGAAUUUUUCUAGUAUUGUUUUCAUUCCUGAAAACUUUUCGUAUUAUAUUUUACAGUCACGUAUGUUAUGCGGCGAGCCAUUCAUAAUAAACACAUUUAUAUGUAUGUAUAUAAAGGAUGAGUCUAAUACAAGAAUAUCUCAAACUGUAUGAUAUACCAAUUACCUACUUGUACAUUUUCUUGGCACUCUACCCAUCCCUAUACCUAUACGUAGAGUGCCAAAACUCAAUAUUUAUUUUAUACUGCACCUAUGUAUGUCCACCACAUAUAUCUGCAUCAUGUAUAAAUAUAUUUAACUCUAUAUAAAGUUUUUAUACAUACAGUAUCGAGAUCUGUUUUAGUGUUUUAUAAUUUCGUAUAUAUUUGGUCCCGGGGAGGUAGGAUCAAUUGUUUAUAGUUAAAAAUUAAAAUGUUGAACACAUCUAUUAUACAAUUUUUGCUAAAAAAAUAAAGGAUACAAUAUUACAUUUACAUAUAAAGUUUAAAAAUUGACUUUAACCCUUCUUCCCUGGUAAUCUGAACUUAAUAACAUCAUUCUGGUAAACGCCAACUGACGACAAAUUGUUCUAUGUAUAGAAUGAGAACCAACAGAUGUAUGUAAGACUUGUUAUUCUUAUAUUAUUUCUGAUAUAGUUUGAUGUGAAUAAAUCUAUUCAGUUUUUUUUACACUCUAGAUAAGUUAAUUUUAGAAUAAAUAUAAUUGAUGAAAUCUUAGUUUUAGUAAAUCUAUAGGUACAGUUAGUUUCUGAUUGAGAUUUGUUAUAAUAAUAGAAAUUUAGCUGACGAUCGAUAAAUCGAGUCUUAUUCGUACUGUUUAGUACAUACCUAUAAUUAAUUUUUAUUGGAACACUGUUUUACAAACCCGGCCGCUAGCUUAUUCACCUAUAUAUUCGCAUGCGUAUAUAUUAUUCAUAAACGGCACAAAAAAAAAAAAAAAACGUUUGUAUAAUUGCUAUUGUACGUAUUAUAAUUAUUAAUUAACGUUCCCCGCGGUUAUUUUCGUAUGAUUUUGUAAAAAAAAAAGUAAAAAAAAUAUUCGUCUUUGUAUACUUAUAUUCUGCAAAUCUUUAAACAAUACUUUCAAAAUUAACUUAGUUAAGUCGUCAAGUCGUGAAUUAAAAUUAAAAAAAUGUAUUCAGAGUGUGAUAUUUGUAAACAAUAUAAUAUAUAAUUAAUAUUAUAAUACUACACGCGGUUCUUGUCUCCAGCGUAUAACCACAAACAAAUAACUAUAAACUCGAAGAAAAAAAAAACGUUAUGUAGGAAACACAAAAACAACAAGACAAAGGUAUGGCGACUGCAUACAUGCGUAUGUACGAGUGUACGACGCAGGUUUGAAAAGGUUAUAACUUAAAGUUAACUAUAUAUCGUGUAUAAUAGUAUUUUACACGAGAUUACUCCCCUCCCCCUCCAGAGUUAAAUAAUAAUAUUAUUUAUAAACGAUUAAUUAUGCGGGGUCCCUUUUUUUUCAUUUUUUUUUCUCAUCGAAAAACGACACCUGCGGGCACGUAUACCCGCGAGUAUUUCAUACUCGGCUUGUGUAUGUGUGUGAAACGUAUAUUAUAUAUUAUAGGCAUCACACUAUACGUUUUACGCACACAUCUGCGGACGGCAUAUAUUUUCGAGUAACACAAUAGUCAAGUAAUAGUAGUCUAAAAAAAAAUUUAAAAAAAAACACGAAACCACAUAGAGCGUGUAGACGUAGUAUAGUAGUAAUAGUGCACAGUAGUUGCUAAAAAUCUCGGCGGCGACAGAGCGUUUACUGCUCGUUCGUCUGCCCGGUUUACCGUUACGACCGGUUGAAAUACAUAAUAAUAAUAAUAAUAAUAUAAAUCAUACAAUAUAAUAUACCAAUACGAACGGAUAAAGAGAGUGAGAAAGAGAGAGAGAGAGAAUAAAAGAGGUGAUACUGCUGAUGGGUGCGCCACUGUUUUGCAUGUGGGAAGUUGGGAAUACAUAAGUAUAAAAUGAUUUUAUUUAUAAUAUGCAUCUGUAAACAACGUCCACUGGAUCGUAGCUAAUGAAGUACGACUCUGAACAAAGUUCGGUUAAAUACGUUGUGAAAUGCUGUGAUUUUUGAACAAAAGUUUUUAAUACAUUACGCUCAACUUUUCUUUUUUUUUACCAUACAAUAAUACAACUUAUGACAAACCUCGUAUUAAAUUUGCAAUCAUUUCUGUUUGGCUAACCAAUUCUAUUCAUAUUUAUUCAUACUUCCCAAAUAAAAACUAAAAAAAAACUUCGAAAAUGUUAAAAAAUGCCUAUAAAUAAAUUAAAAAUCAAUUGAAUAUUUUGAAAAUUUUACCACGUCUAGAAAAUUAUAAUAAGAACAAAAACGAUAAUACAUUUUUGAAAAUACGUUUUUACGUGCUCUCUAAAAAUGUCAAUUGCUAUUAUUAAUUUUAAUCGAAUUAUAACAAAAAAACAAAACCCAAAAUAAUAAAACGUUUACUAUCGUUUAUUUGUUCGCUUUUUCAUAAGAGGUUUCCGGUUUUCACAAUUAUAAUGAAAACUACAAACAGUCUUUCUUGUAGUUCUAGAAUUCCUGAUAGAAAAGUUGUACAAAGACACAAAAAUUUAAAUAAGAAAAAGUGCAUUAGAACCAAUACAUUUUUCGCUACGCUCAGAAUGUAAAAUAAAUAGGAUAUCGUACAUUUAUACAAAGUUAUUUAUUCACGUCUCCAAUCAGUUGUGAUUAACUGUAUUACACGAAUAAAAUCAAAGGCAAAAAUUUAUCGUGCCAAACAUUUUUGAUUUUAUAAAUGUUGUUAAAGAAAAAACAGUCAUUCCAUGUGAUGCUAUUCCAGAUAGUAUUGGUUUCCUCGCAAAUGAGACGGAAAAUUGCUCGUACGCAAUUGAGAUGUACGUAAUAAUAUAAUAUUUACGUAGAAAAAAAACAAAUGAUGGAAUCAUCGGUCAAGUAAAAAAAAAAAAGUUUGAUUAAAUACACGAAUCGCAUUGAGCACGUUAUGGUGCUCGAAAAUUAAAUUAAUUUUAUAUUCCUUCGCAAAUUGAGUUUAAGAAGUUAAAAAGUAUUCAACAAUACGAUCGAUUUUUGCAGGAAUCGAAUGUGUUUUACCCGAUUUCUGUUUUAACGGGUUACCCUGCUCGGUAAGUUACAUUUGAAUUCGCGCCAAAAACCGAUAUUUCUGAACUAGUUAAACGUUUGGAAAAUCGUAAGUCUAAAAAUAAUGAAUAAAAAAAAAAAAAAUUAUUUUUUCACCCGGGCAAACCUAUGCCUACAGUUUAAAAAUGCGUUCGAAAAAAUGUUGACAGCUCUCGUUAUUACGAUAUCACUCGCGCGCGUGUACACCGAAUAUUAUAUUUUAGAAACCUAUAUUAUGACGUAUACAAUAUACAGGAUGCGUACAACAAUGCGGCGCAUUGUGAUACAUAUAUUAUUAUCAUAUAAUACGAUACGCGAUACGUUAUUAUUGUAUACUAUAAUAUAACGCACGCUGCACGUGUUAUCAUCGUCGUUGUUGUUGCUGACGGUCGUGGUGCAAAUAUCAUCACGGACGGGAACGGUCGCGGUUUUUCUCGGCGAUACUCGCGAGUACCGAACAAUGCGAUAAUGUCGUCUUGCCCGUCGUCUUCGGCAUCGUAUUUUUGUUGGAUUGCGUCGGCCUAGAAGGAUCCCCCGGGUACAACGAACCCGAAUUUAUAUAUAGAGUGGAUAUGGGUAAUUGGUAUACUAUACUAUAUUAUACAGGUAGGCAGCACCAUAAAGCGUCACAAUUAUUAGGUACGUCUCUAUAUUAUAAAAUGUAAACCCGUUUAAAAUUCGAUUCGAAAAAUCGCGCGCACCGUUAUCGGCAAACACGGUUUUUUUUUGUCUUCUUUCAUUUCAUUUCGUUUAAUGACAUUUUAUCGUUGACGGGUAUCACGCGAGACCUGCAGCCGCGACGACCGCGGUUCCGUGUAAUUUAUGCGGUUUUUUUUUUUUCGCAGUUUUUACCGUGACGAUUUCUAAACGAUAACGACGACGACGUUUCUAUCACACGCGCGCGAUGUCAUCGAUGAUAAUAUCGUGUACACGAUUGUUGUAUCAAUUCGUACACGUACAUAAUGUAUAUAGGCGUCUAUACCCGUACCGUGUAUAACAGCCGUACACGGACGAAGUGCUCGCAUUUUCAAAUAAUACAUUCGAAAAGUCGAUGCAAAUUUUAAAUAUCUCAAAUAAAUCGAGUAAACAUUGUGAUAUGUACAUAAUAUUUAGUUUGACCUAUAUUUUUGUACACGUUUCAACAAAAUUGUAGACAACUAUAUUACCUAUAUAAUAUAGACUAUAUAGUAUACAUGUUUUUUUUUCUUUUUGAGAAUAUAUAGGCCGCGGACGAGGAGAAUAAUAAAAAUACAACUAUUAUUGGAGGAAAAGUCCGCGAAAUUCAAGUUUUAACCCAGUGACGCAUUUAGGGGCGUGCGAAAGGUGCCAUAUUGCUCCCUAUUACAUGAAAGCAUGUUUGGGAUAGGAAACUAAAGAAAGUGUUUGAAUAGGACGUGUAUCCGUAUGAAUGGGAUGAGAGCGAUUCGAUUUUUUUUUGACCCGGGCCGUAAAAAUCAUAUAGAUACUGAGUUACCUCCAUUCUAUAUAAUAAAUGUAAAUUUAAAAAUUCUUCUUUUAAAUUUCAAAUCUCUGAUGCGUGUUACACAGAUUGCCCGAAAUCUUCAAUAGAUAUUAUACAAUUUAUCGUUUUCAAUUUUUAAAAUUGUUUAGAAAAGCUAUUGCAGGGACCGUUUCGAAUAAAUUGUCAUUGCAUCUUAUUUUAGUUAGUACCUACGGUGUGCAAGUUUUAGAUGAUUUUUUUUCUUAUGUACCGGAAAAGCAGUCACAAAAUCUAUACAACUUUUCAAUUAUAUAUAUUUUUCAUAUUCAUAGUAAUACUUUUGGGAAAUUUCGUAGUUUUUCUAAAGGCGAACUAUGCAGUUUUGUUUUUUCACAAUGCUUCGCAUUCCGUGGAGUGUAUUUAUCAAGCACAUUCUUAGAAUUUGCGAGGUUUAAGACAAAUUGUUUAAUAUUUUAAAAUUGUAUUAUUUUAUGAUUCGUAUUUUUUUUCUCGAAUGCGAUGCUCCAAAUAUAAGUAAAAUGUGUGCGGCUCAGUGGAUGGACCUUGCCUGCCCCCCCAGGACGGCUCUGUAUUUACAUUUUUCAUGUCAAAGGCGAAAGCGAAAUGUGUCUCGCUCCAAAAAUAUUUAGAAUUCUAGAGUCGCUUUACUGCUGUGGUUUGUAACAACAUAGAACAAACGUGCAUAAUGCAUAUAGACCGAGAAACGAUUUUUUUUUUAGUAAAUAUUUUAACGCUCGACCUUGUAACACUGACUGGGAAGAAGUCAUUAUUGUUUUAUCGUUAUAAAAUACGUGAAAUAUAAACCCUAUCUUAAAAAUAAAAAACUAUGACACUUCCUAUUUGCCCUAUUAAGUGUCAUGUAAAUUUAAUAAAAUCGAAUAUUACAAACGUACGCGUAACUAAACAAAUAAUAAAAAAAAAAAAAUUGAAAAUAAAAUAACCGCAAUAGAAAUAACGGAAUACCUAUAAUAGAUUCUUACGAAUAGGAACAGCAGUAUUACACGUGUCGGUAUUUUUAUUGAUUUAACAUAUUCAAUCAUUUUUUUUUUUUUCUUAUUUUUUUGUAAUAUUUUCCAUUCCACGAGAAUUAUACUAUUAUUUACCUUUCUCAUUUUUAGAUUUUGAAUGUAGAAACUAAUGUGUAGUGCACUGACCUCGAAUUAAAAUGGGGUUUCCGGGAAGAUCAAGGAAAUACUGGAAUACACAUUUUAAGAUAAAUUUCAAAAUUUUAACCAUUAUUUCAGUGUGCACAUUUUUUUGGUAGAAAGGCUUAUUUUUAACAUCAGAUUUUAAUAGUAGCUAUUUUUUCAAGCAGCUUUAAUCAAUAUGAUUUUUAUUUAUUACAAAAUUUGACAUGCAGCUAUUUAAAGUUUGUUAAAAAUAUGCAUCUUCUAUGAUUUCUUUAAAAAAACUUAAUAAACCGAACGCCUUUAAAAAAUAAGAUAUUUAACUGCCGUUUUAUGGAAAAAUAAUUUUUUGUAUAAAUUAUCAUAAAUAAAUACAUACAUAUAAUAAAUUAGUAAUACGUAUUAUUCGGAGUAUUGUUUGUCUAUGAUAUUUAAUCGGAAUAUAGUUGAACAUGAUAUAGUAUAACAUCCAUAUAUUAUUCAAAUAAAUCAAAUACCUACUUACAAAAACCGCGGUUUUUUAAGUACCGUGUUGAAAAUAUAUUUUUUUUUUUUUAUAAAUAUGGAAAAUAUUAUCAUAUAGCUUUACCUGAUGUAUUUAUAUACAUUAUUUGUCUAGUUUCGGGACAAUAGAUCCGUAUCCUUUUCUUAUUAUUUGAACAUCUGGUAUAUUAUAUUGUGGUUGGAAAAAAAAUCAUUACCGCCCGACAAAAAAAGGUCUUUGGUCCUGCCGAGUUAAAAUAUCUAUAGGUGUAUAACAAAAAAUAAAUAAUAAUACAUAGCAUAUUUGUAUACUCGUGAGUCAUGACGCGAUGAUAAAUCGUCGUGUAGAACACAAAAUCUAAGGGACAAUCCGCGUUGACAAAGUCACCGUUUAAAAAAAAAAAUAAUAAAAACGGAUAUUUUGCCGUGAGAACGAAAUUGUGUGCACCAUAUUAAAUUCCUGAUGGUUUUUCGUAUAAUACAUUUAAUUUAUCAAAUACAUUCAACAAUACAAUAAUGUAAAAUGUAUGUAACAGUCGUAUAGGUGAUGAUAUCUAAUUCAUCAUCGCUGCAUUUCCACAAUAUUAUAACCGAAAUAUAAUAUUAAAAUACAGUGAUGUGCACUCAUUCGACCUCGGUCAAAACAAUUUUGUAGAAUCAAAUGUUUUAUAGAAAUACUGGUAGGAUUCAUAGAGUGAUUUAAUUUGUACGCAGAGAUAAAUCGUUGUUAAGAAAAAAUGAUUUCAAAUGGAGUUCGGUUCACAUACGUUUUUAUGAAAUUGAAUUGAAAAUUGUAUCAAUUUGUAAAAAUGUUUUGUUUCUUAGCUUUUAUAGCCCAUUCAGAGCUUUUUCCGUUAAUAUUUGGGUUCCAGUGAAUUUGUCUGCUAUAUUAGUUGGGCCCGGAUGCAUAAAAAUUAAUUCAAAACAUUUGUCUUCUUAUUUUUUCAAACUAAGGAUUUAGAAUCUAUUUUGCCAGUGAUUUUUACUGUUGUUUUAUCAGUAUAUAAUUUUUUUUUUGUACAUUACAAAGUUCCUUGUUUUUUUUCCUUAACUUCUAAAUGUUUCUAAAUUUCCAAACUUUUAAAACUAUUUAUAUUACGGUACUAGACAUCUAGUUUGAGGUUCGAUUCUAGUUUUUUGAUCUAACUUGGAUGCGCUGGUUAACUUGUCUUAUAAUAAUAUCGUUUUUCGUUCGCCAAUAGUACAUUAUACCUGCGUCCUGCUCACUUUAUUUGGUCGUUUCUGAUAAAUACUUUAAUGUUAGGUUUUCGAAAUAGCUGAUUGACUUCCUCGUUUGUUCUUAUACGGAAUUCCCCAUUUUCGACUAACGGACCAUAUAAAUACGGCGAAGCACUUUCUUUCCAAAAUCAAUAAUUUCUCCUCUUCGCCUUUUGUUGUUACUGACUACACGUUUUGCAAACCAUAAGCUAUUGGACAGGGCAUAAACGGCUCAAAUAAAGUUUAAUAGUCCAUUCGCUUUAUUUAUGUCCUUUAUAGAAGGACAACAUGUCUGUUGCAGACAUGACAAAUUCAACUGUGACAGCCUCUUAAAAUUGAUAUUAUAUUUGUAUCGCGAUAUAUUUUAAUCCAUGGGCAUUUAUAAUUGUUUACUUAUUAUUUUUCGUGUAUGUAUUAUGCAUGUAUAUCGUUUUACUAUAUCUAAACAAUAUAUAAUUUAUUAAACAAACAAUAAUUAAACGAUACAUGCAUAAUUGUAAUCGUUCGUAAAAUUGCUGUUGAGCGUAAUAUUUUAAUUAGACAAAUUAAUAGGAAGGUCGACUGAAUAAGCAAAUUAAAACAUAUUUUAUUUUUUUUUACUGUACAAGAAACUAUUUCCGCUUUAAGUAUUAUUUAUUCGAAUUAAAAGGGUACUUGACAUUUGAAAUUUUGACAUCUUAAUCGUUCGUACUCGCUUAGUAAACACUAUAUUAAAUAUACAUCUACAAAAAAAACCAAUUACGAUCUUGAGCAUUUAAACACAUUUUUCAAUUAUAAUUCUUCGCGGUUAUUUUUUAAAUUUCUGUCAACAAAUUUGUAUGCACUUUGAAACUGAAGUUUACGUAAAAGUUGUUUAGUUCUUUUAUUGCACUCACUUUUGUUUCAUUUUUUAGUAUCAGCAAUCUCAAUAAUAAUUCAUUAUUUACGACGGGCAUAUUUCAUCUGUAUUAAUCGAAACACAUGUCUACUUAUAGUUAGUGAUUUACCCGGUAAAUUGAAUAUAUUUAGUUUUAAUAUGAAAUACACAUAACACAUACACAAUAACACAUUUAAUAUGAAAAAUUGUUGGUUUUUCAAACUUAUAGCCUUGAAUCCAAUAGAUAUUUGAUAAAUGAGCAUAACGAUCAGUUUUCAUUUUUCUCUUUUAAUCUUUAUUUUUUUUUUUUAUCUAAUUAUUACAAGGUAAAUAGGUCACUUAUUUGUUUAAUCAUCAUAAUUAUUUUUAAUUUUACUUAGACUUAGAUUGAAAUUCUCUUGACAAUAAAAUGGGGAAAAAAAAAUAUUUACCCAAAUUUUGGGUUGGUAGAUACCCAAAAUAUUUCCCUACCUUUUGCAGGGUAGAUACAUACGUUUUGGCUACAUAGCCAAGACAUAUCGCUACAUGUAGUACAGGUAUACCUAUAAUACAGAAUAUACGUGACCUCCCCAACGCACCUCUUAACGUAAAAUGGUACGAGAGUAUAAGCUCCUAUUAUAUGAAAUGCCAAUCGACUAUUGUCUAUUUGUGUGUAGAACGCAGUCCAUUCAUCAUUCUUACAAAUGGACAUAGGUAUACAUAUUUCUGCAACGUAUAUUAAUAUUACUAUUAAAUAUAAUAUUAGAAUAGAGUUAAUAUAUUCGAAUAAAAUGUCGCAAUAAAACGCGUACCAUAAUUGUUCAAACGUAAUUUUAUGUAAUUUAGAGGCGACGUAUUUGCAUUUUCUAUGACUUUUUUUCUACACUACACUAUACCAUAUAUUCCACAAAAAACCGGAUGCACAAUCGCGUAGGUAGAUGCGCGAGCGCGCAUAAUAUAUUGUAGGCGUGUUGCAGCUCAGUUUGGUACCUACCUAGACAUAAUAGUUUAAUACGUCGGUUAAUAAUAUACAGGGUGUGAUAUUUGUAUCACGAUCAGGCGAUUAUAUCUACAAAGACAAAAUCAAUAAUGGUUUUUUUUCAGUCACUAUAUAUAGACUUUGUAAAUCCAUUUUUAAACGAUAACCCUUCUCUAAUAUCGUGGUUCCAAACCCGCGAUUAGUAUUAUGUAUAGUCAUAUCUAUUCAAUUGUGUUUAUAAAAAUAUUAUCUAUUCAAAUCUGCGCUGAAAAGAGAAAUAUUUGAAAAAUCCAAAACUCGGCUUUUAUCAAGCAUACGAAUACUAUUGAUUGAUUUGGCGUACAAUGAUUAGAAAAACUUACAGAAAUCGUAAAAACAGGUAUCUCCGAUCGUGCCGAAAUCGUGAUAAAAUAAUCAUCCUGUAUAUGUAUAUAUAUACAGACACUGAGUGUAUUAUUAUAAACAAUGUAUACGAGCGAUUAUUUCAACCGACUGUAUGGCGGUGAAUAUUCCGGUGAAUAUUAUUAUUAUUACGUUUUUAUUCACGUUUCGUUGUAUAUAAAAAAUUUCUUUUUAUAAUCUUCCACUAAUUUGUGUAAAGCCAUUUCGUCGCGCGUUAUGUAUACUCGGAUAUAGUAUAUUAUAUUAUAGGUAUAUUGUAUAGGUACGUAAUACGGAUUAUUCGCUCAAUGAAUAUAUUAUAAUUCACUUGACAAUACGGAAGACGCAAGAAUUAUAAAAAAUAGACCUUGACACGUAAUCAUUAUUGUGUCAUAAGUCCCCUCGAAGUCGUCUACGCCUACCGAGCACGGUCGUCGCGUUCACAGUACGUACACGCGUACGCGAAAAAAACAUUUAUUAUAAUGAACGAAAACCCCCUUUGCGAACAGACACUUUACGAGUGAUGACGCGUCCAAUGCGGAUUUAUUAUACUCCGUUUAACCUAUUCUUAAACUGCAGAUGACAUAUGCACGUAUACAGGAUGAUCGGCAUACCGCAAGGCACUCAUAAUGCCGGAAAGCAAGGUAUUUUCACCGGAAUUUAAUCUUUAGGAAAUUUCAGAAACAAGUGGCUUUAAAAUGUUGCAUCGCCGUUUUUUUUUUCAGCCAUUCAUAUUUUCAGGGACGAAACUCUUAGAUACCCUUUUUUGAUUUUCAAAUAGCGAACCUAUAUUAGAAAAUUCCAUAAAUAUAGAUGACAUUUUAAUUUAUGUACAUUUUGGCGUUGAAAUGUUUAAUUCGAACUUAUUGACGACGAUAUAUUCCACUUUUAUAAGUCUUACGGUUUUUGUGUAGUAGAUAGUGUAGCACUAUUCAAACGCCAUCACAUAAACGAUAUUCCAAUACUCCCUUGGAAUUAUUAAAGUUUGAAAAUCAAAACGAAAGUAGUGGUUUCAAUUCCAAAAAUAAAGGCGUUCGUUUCUUUAAUUUUCUUUCAAACAAAUUCCGAAAAAAUUAGUGUCUUACGCUAUAUUGAUCACCCUGUAUGUAUACACGAAAAUUGUGUAGCGCAAGACGAAAAAAAUAUAAUAAUAUAAUAUAGCUCGCCAUAACCCGACUAUAAUAACUUGAUUUUAUAGUCGAUGAAGUAUAAUGCAAUGUGUAUAUUAAUAUUAUGUACAGACAAUGACGUAGUUAUAGGGGGCGGGAGAUUUGGAGGAAUUAAAGAUUUUUUCUUUUGACCUUUAAAAAUAAAAUAUAAUGAUAAUAAUAAUAUAAUACUGUUAUCCAUAUUCCCUAUCUUUUUCUUACUAUAUAAAGGCCGUGUCUUGUCGCCACUAAUUCGAAUUUCCGUGUUCUUUGCAGUUCUUAGCCGAUCUCUUAGCAAUCAGCUUGUCUCAUCGUUACUUCGAUGAAUCUUGAUCUUUUUUUUCCUUAUUUAAGAUCGUUUACCUGUCCUUCAAAUAUGCUUAUCAAAAAAUAUUGGAUCGGCAAGUGACUGCUCCUUUCUCUUAUGGUACUGAACAAAAUCUUUUUCCUCCCCUCCCUCGAAUCAAUCUCGUAUACUUCCAAGUUGCUUUUAAUUCUGUUCAACUAUCCUUCAUUAUUCUUAUCCUAAAUUCACAUUUUCAUUCCGUAAAGCGUUUAACUGUUUCAUAUGAUAUUUAAUGAUUUAAUGAUUUGUAAAUUAAUUUUGAAAUCUCUACUUCAUCACCUAUAGUUAUUUUAGGUGGUAUUACGAAAUUUUUUAAAAUCGAACUGUAAAUCGCAAAUUAAAUCGAAUUAACCCAAAUACGCCGCAGUAAAGUAAAAAAAAAAAAAAAAUAUAAUUUAGUUUCAGGUUAUAUUUUCAAUUUUUUUUUUCUUCUAUCGAUUUCUUCUGUAAUUCACAGAAAUAGGUUUUUAAGUUAUGUGAAAUUUAAGAUUUUUAAAAUUUUUAAAAUUUAAAAAUUAUUAUUGUAAUAAAAUAUCUAAAUGGAUUUGCUAUUAAAAAGCUAUAUAAUUAAUUAAUUGAUUUAAAAUGUAGAUAAUUCGUUCGGUUUUUUUUUCAUAUACAAUAGAAAAUUACGAUACGUUUUCUUUACGUGUCUUAAUAAAAUUUGAUUAUUUUUAUUUAUGUGUCUGUGUACCUUGUUAUAUAUAUUUAUAUAUAUACUCGUUUUUUUUUAAAUUUAAAUUUUACGAUUUUAUUCUCGCGCGGCCGCAGAUAUUAAUUAUUUGAGUUUGAUUUGUUUGUACGAGUACAUGUUAUAUCAUAAUGGAAUGAUUGAAAAAUUCUACGCAUAGUUACAAUAAUGGUUAAAUAAAUAAAACCGUUGGUCUUGAGUUAUAUUUGUGUACCGAAAUCGUUGUUUCAUCGAUUUGAUUAUUUCGCAGCAGGCGGCAGCGGCGGCGGAAAUAGAACGAUUUUGAUUAUGCGUUUUUACGACGAAAACGAAAUAAGAACAAAAUGAGCUGAUACUGCUGAUAGGUGUGCUACUAUUGUAGACGGAAAUUUCAGAAUGUAGGAUACGUAUAUAGGUAUAGAGUUGUUUAAUUUAUAUCUGUACGCAACGAUAAAUCACUGUUAAUGAAAUACAAUUCUGAGCGUAGUUCCGAUUCAAUUGAAAAUUGUUUGUUAAACAUUUUUAAAUGGUCUACUCAAUUCUAUAUCACAUAAACCCAAAUAUAGUUAAAAAUAUCAAUAGCUCAAAAAUCGCUAGAAUGUUUUGAACGUUGUAAAAGUUUAUAAAAUAAAAAAUAAAAUCUACUUAAUUUAAAUAUUUUUAGAAAUUUGCAGAUACCUACAAUUAUUUUUAACUGAAUUUUAGGAAAAAAUGAAACAGUUAUUACCAUAAACUUUCCCAUUUUUAUUUUGUAAUUUUUAGUAAAAUUUUUAGAUCUAAUUAGUGCAUUGAAAGUCUUGUAAUAUUUUUCAUUUUCCUUGUAGUUUUCUUAAUAAAUGGAAAAAAACCUGGCCAGUUUUUGUAAAAUGUUUGUUGAUUUCUGAGUUAGCAGGGGAAAAAUAUAACGAAUAAUAAUCUGCUCAAAACCGUUUAUCGUUAUCAAUUUUUUUGUGACUUACAGAUAUAAAUUAAAUUACCCACUGUGCAAUAUUAUAUUGAUUUUAUAUGUAUGUAAUAUUUCACUGCAACCCGUAAUAUCACGAAAUGUGUUAUUUUAAUAUAACUUUCAUACAUUGAUGCCAUUGUUAAUCCUUGUAUUUACUGAUAUUCAAAAAUCAAUAUACAUUUGUUGCCACUUAAUAACUCAAUAAUAUUAUAUAAUAUAUGUAUAAAUAUUGCAUUGUAGUAUAAACAUUAAAUACAUCAUUACAGUAAAAUUAAUUUGCGAUAUUUCAUGGUAAUAUCAUAUACAAGAUAAAACAUAAUAUCUAUACAUAUGUGCACAUACAUACAUAUGUAAUAUUGAUUGUUAAAAAAUAAUGCGAUGCUAUCCGAGAUCUUAAUGCAAUAUUUCAGUGCAAUUAAUUCAUAUAGGUGAUAAUGGGUGAUACAACAUAAUAAUAAUAAUUUCUUUAAUUUUUUUAUUUUUAUGGAUUUUUUAAAUUUUGACACUAAUAAUAUUUAUAACAUAUUUUAUGAUAGAGUUGAAGUACAAUAUACAGGUACAUAAAGACACUGGUUUUCAUAUAAAAUAUUAGUAGAGUAUUAUUUAUUAAACAAAUAUAUAUAUAAUAAAGAAUAAUAAAACAUAAUGUACGUACUACACAAAAUAACAUAAACAUCAUACAAUAAUAAAAAAAAAUACGAAUAUACUUCGCACGAUUGGUGGGCUACUGUUGUAGAAGUUGGGAAGCUAGGAUAUAGAAGGGAAUUUAAUUUAUAUUUGUACUCAACAAUAAACCAUUGCUAUUUGGAGCGAAGUUUUUUUUAUACAUAUAUGUACAUUUUCCCGUUUUCCCUACGUUUUUCCCAGGUAUUAUAAAAACCGCUUGGAAAAUAAAAAAAAAAUGAUUUUACUACCCAUAUAAAAUUUCCUUUCAGAAAAGAUACUACACUUGGAAACCGGAAUAAUAUUAUAAUAAUAUUUGAUAGAAAAAUGGUUAUCAAACAAAAAAAUAUAAACAUGAUUGUAAAACUCGCUACGCUCCGAAUCUAAAUUAAAAAUCAAAUUUUAUCCAACUGAAUAUUUUCUUAACGUGUAAAGGUCUAAACAUACUAAUUAAAUAAACUCUACAUAAUAUCUAAGUUUAUAAUACUUAAAGAUUCGUAUUUAAAUUGUUUAUUGAUUCUAAUGUUAAAAUAUUCAGUGUACUUUUAUAUAAAAAUAUGUAUAAAAUAAAUCCAACUGUUUUUAAAAUAGAACUAUUUGUAGUUCAUAUUUGAUACCCUGCAAAAAUAAUUUAUUUAAUAAAUUAUAAUAUUAACAUUAAACAAAGUCAAGUACAUAUUUUACUAUUAUAAUUAAAAAAUUACAUUAAAAAACAUAAUAUAAUAAUAAUGAUAUUUAAACUUAAAAUUAGGAAGUUUCAAAAUGAUAGAACUUGUCUAAAAAAUGUCUUUACAAGAAUCAGAAUCAGAAGAUAGAUGUUGUAGUAAGUUUUUAGGUUUUUGGGAAUAAUUCUUUCUUUUAGUGUCAGCUUCCGAGAAAGAUUCGGAAUUUAUUUUAAUUUGUUGAUAUCAUGCAUUGUUAAAAUUUGCUGAAAUUAGAUUUUCUAUAAUUGUUCAAAAUCAAACAUCAAAUAUUACAUUUCCAGUAUAUUGUACAUUUCGGUACUCAAAAUAUUCUUUGCUAUUAUCAACUAACUAUAUAGAAUAUAUACAGGCCACUCAAGGAACUGUUGCAGUGGCAGUUUUUAUUGUAACGCCAGUUACAGUAAUAGGCGAUGGAGGUCAUUUACAACUAAGCACAUACACAUAGCACAUAACACAGUACGAUCAUUAACGCACUUUUUAUUAGCCAGUUUGUAGGAACUGCACUGAAUCCAUUGGUUUUUGAGAAAACACUCAUAAUUUACUAUUUUGAUGUAUGUAUAAUUUAAGAAUAUUAGAAUAAUAUUGUUUCUAUUUAAAACGACCAAUUCGUAUAAUUUUUUCUAUUACUGUGGCAUCUUAAGCAAUACUUUAUAGUAUUUGGCAACACCUAAAACUUGUAUUGAAAAAUAAAUCAGGCAACUACAUAUAAAUUGCGUUCAUUAAAUAAUUAUGAACUAGUCAAACUGAAUUAUUUGGUUGUAUGAAAGUUGAAGUCUAUGAAGACGCCAUAAUUUUGAGUAUUUUGAAUUUUCAAUAAAAUCACAAAUAACAAUAUAAAAUAUUAGGUAUUUCAAGUGUUUAGUAUCACGCUACUUAGGUAUUAAAAAUGAAAAAUGAUAACGAAAACUCGAGCACAUCAUCGAUACGACUGUUCCACUAUCCGUCCAUCAUUUUUUAUGGCAAAUUAUUUUUAAAAUAACUGAAAGAUAUUAUCAUACUAAAUAUUAGAUUUAUAUAUCAUACAAAUAAAUACAACGCAUCAUCAAUAUAACAUCAAUAAUUAUAAUUGUACAUACGUCAACAAAUGUUAGGAUAACGUUGUAUUCUUAUUAAUUUGCAAUAUAAAUAAUCUUCAACAUUUAAUUAAUUUUAUUUGGUAUAUUAUAAUAUAUACAAAAGUGUUAGUGUAACAACAAUCAUAUAUUUAACUUGGUAUCAAUAUAGUAAAUCUUCUAUGUUUAUGUAAUGUUCUUCGUUAACUUUAAUUUAAUUUGUUCAAUGAAAUAAUACAUUGAUGUUUUACUUCAAUUGUCUUGCAAUAUUUCAAGUGCGGCCUAAUUUUAAUAUAGCGGCGAUGAAUAGUAGUAAACUUUGCACAGUGAGAUAUUCUAUAUACAUGCCUCCCUUUCAACUUCCUUCCUAAAAUAGUGGCACACACCCAUCAGCAGAAUCAGCCUUUUUUCCCCCUUUGUCUAUAUACGUAAUAUAUAGAAAAGUAAUUACGUUUAUGCAUCCGUAUAUGAUGUUUUAAAUUCAUAUAUCGUAUUUUAGGUAUCAUUGUAUCACUCCGCCGUCGUAAUGCGAAAAGUAUGUACGAGUACAUUUGGGUCGUCGUAAAUCGAUUCUAUGCAAUUUUAAUGGGAUCGUAUACGAUUAGUGUUUGUAUAUAUUCGUAGUGUAUAGUUUGUGUGUCGUUACCUGCUACUGUGUACUAUAUUGAAUAAUAAUAAUAUCAUACAUGUAUCGGGAACCCAUUCGUAAUUUAUUAAAAUACGAUCGAAAGGACGGACGUUGCCUGUCUUCGUGAUAAUAUCGAUAUAAUUAUAUCGUGCCAGUCCGAAACUGUGACCUAGUGACCGUCGUACAAGUAGUCAUUAUGUCGUAUAUAUUGCCUCCAUCCAAACAUGUAUUCAAGAUCAAUUUUUGGAGGGGGGGAGGUAAAACAUUUUCAAUAUACGAACUUGUAGUUGGUCUUUGUUUUAUUAAAAAUAUGCACCUACUUUAAAAAUUUCAAGGAGGUGAACCCCUAUACCCCCCCCCCUGUGUACGGGCUAGUGUACAGGCUGUAAGACGGGAGAUCUUACAAACAUACGGUAUUGCAAAUUUUCGUUAAACUGAACACAUUUGGGCUGUUAUAGUUUUGAUAUCGUAAAGUGAAUUUUGAUCUAUUAUAACAUUUGAAGGGAAGAAUAUUAUUUGCAGUAGUGUUUGUAUACGUUGAUUACAGUUUUUAGUUAUUUUAAUUAUGUUUGCUCGGUCUUUUCUCGCUUGAAAAUUUAAAUAUCAAAAAAAAACCAACGUAAAAUUAUCUCGGGUAGUGUUCUUACUUAUAAGUUUUAUAAUAGACCAAUUAUUCAUUCUUAUAUUAAAAUUAUAAGUACAAUACUGAUUUUGUUGACCGCAAAUUUACUAUACCGUGAUUUAUAUUAUAUAUAUUAGACAAAGACAAGAAAUACAUAACUGACCAUCGGAGAGUCGGAUGGGCCUCGAAUGGAUUUCGAGGUGGCCACAAUAUGUUUUAUAUAAUAUCUGUAGCAGACCCGUAGCCACGGGGGGCAAGGGAGACAUUGCUUCCCUUGAACCUAAUCGUUGCCCCCUUCAACAAGAAUUAAAUGUGUAUAUGUAUAGUGGUAUGUUAUGGUUUAGUAAUGUUUCUAAUAUCCCCCUUAAAAUUUUGUUUGCCCUACCUGCAAAUGAUUUGGUCUGGUUACAGGCCUGAUCUGUAGCUAGCUCUAAAAAAAAGGCCGAACAAUUUCUAUUAAAAAAGUUUUCUGUUUUUGCUAUUUUUGUUAUCUGUACCUACUAUAUUCACUAUUCGUACUGGUUUAUACACUUACCGCGAUUAUUUAAAUCACGCCGUACAAGUACUAUGCAUAGGAUUAUUAAACUAUUUACUGCUUAAAAUUGAAAAGUUAAUAUUAAAACCGCGCAUUUAUUGUAAUAGAGUUAAGCAUUUUUCAUUGAUAACCAUUCACUAUAAUGUUUUUGAACGUUCGUUUUACAAAUUAACGAAAUCGUUAGUCUCGGGCAAUAGAGUAUAACGUAACUUACGCGCUCCUAUAAUUGCGUUACUUUUUGUAGCGAUAUUACGUAAUUUAAUUGCAUUUUUUAAAAAUGAUAAGUCUAAUAGUUAACAUUUAUAGCUGUUAAAUAUUUAUAUCAACUAAAUAUUUUGUUAUUUGAUUUAUGAAAUAAAUAUUGAUUUUAUCAGGUUCAUUUGUCGUCUAUAAGUUAAUUUUAAAAUAACAUUGAAUUAUUUUUUAAUCUCAGAAAUAAAGUAUAACUUAAUUACACAUGAAUUUGAGGUAUAGGCAAUAAAAGUGUGAUUACAUUUUAGAAAGGUAUAUAACGUAAAUAAUUGUUUUUUGAUUACUUUUGUAAAGUGAUACACUCGUCCAAGACUGCAAAUUAUUACGUGUAUUAUUCAAUAUUAUAUCUGCUUAUAAGUUCAAGCAACCCAUCUUCUAAUAUUUCGAUAAGCCACAUCUUUUAAAUUCUAAUAAUAAGUGCAGUAAUCAGUUUUACCAUUAUGUGUGUGAUUUUUUUUUGUGUAUGUGUGAACAAUUUUUUUUACCAGAAACAUUGUUUCAUUCAAAAAACGACAUGAGAGCUUUUUUGUAACAUUUUAGAUAUAGGUAUUUUCCUUACAGUUUUUUAAUAAUUGAAAAAAAAAUUGUAUAGGAAAUACGUAAAAAUGUAAAGUAUAGAAAAAAUCAGGAACGUUAAAGUUUUUUUUUUUGUUAUAAUUCAGUUAAAAUUAAUCUUAGAUAACUGAUAUUUUCACCGAAUACUUGAUUAUACUUUUUGAAAGGUGGUUAAAUUUUCAAAACGAUCUGUCAAUUUUUGAUUUUUGUUUUAGUCAUUUAACAUUUAGCACUUUUAGAGUUUUUAUAUCGGUUUAUGUGAAUAAAAUUGUUUAGGUCGAACAGAAAUGUUUGAAAAUCGUACACAUUAGUAAGUAUAGUACUUAGUUUUGAAGAAAAAGCUUCUUUAUUAGCUUUUUAGACGAGAUUGAUAUCGUAUUUAUUAUAAUGUAGAAGUGUUUUAAGGUACACAUUUUGACGAAAAUUGUUAAAAUCAUAAAAUUUCAAAACAUGUGUAACCUGAAAACUACUCUCAGAAUCGUAUUUCGUAAAUAAUGAUUUAUUGUUGCGUUCUGAUUUUAAUUAAAUAACUCGCUAUAAUGUAUCAUAUAUCCCCAAUUCCUGACCUAUUUCUCACAUGCUUUUGAAUUUUCAUAUGGUUUAGUUAUUUUUUUUAUAAUAUAGUUGACCUAUACGUAUACAGUUAUAUGUAUUUUAAAACUUGUUUUUGUUUUUUUUGUUUCAGGUAAGUGAAUUUAUACAAUAUUAUGUUAUUGCCGUUUAAUAAAAUACGUAAGUACUGCACUAA